AUGGGCAUCUUCCGUAUUGUGAGAAAAACAAUUGUACCAGGUCUUCUUGGUACAUCCACAGCCGCAGCUUAUCUCGCCUCGCAAAACCCUGUCAUCUCCCCGCUUCCAGCAAACGAUCCCAUCUGGUCCUCAAGACUCUUCAGAAGGGCCAAUCCCAAUGGUAAUCCCGCGACUCAGGAUGUCGUGAUCAAGAGAAUUCCUCUCGAUAAGAUCCGACCCGAACUUCUCCAGAAGAAUGGUGAUUUGGCGCUCGAAUUUUGCCGUGGCAUUUGGAGCGGUUGGGGUUACGAAAUCCAGCGUAGGUAUCUCAGUUUCAAGUGGCGUAGCCCCGAGACGGAACAGCAACUCUGGGACCGUGAGCAGCUCUCCACAAGCACCUACGAUAGAGGGACCGCCAUCACCGACCAUUUCGAGGUUGUUGAGAAGACUGCAACUUCCAUCACUGUGCGCUGUGGCGAUUCACCCCGUAACCAAGCAGCACGGUCAUCAGAUGGUCUUUUCCAGAUCAGCGCCACCAUUGACAAGACGCACGAGGAGGUUGAGCUUCGGCUCAAGAGCGUACUGUUUUCGAGCGAGGGCAAAGUUGCGGGAAACAAGGGACCUAUGCCUGGCUGGAUGACCGAAUUGCAUCAGUGGUAUGCUAGACUCUGGGCCGAGACUGGAUCUUGGAGACUUCUCAAGUGA